AUGGUGGCCAUCACCAAGGAUAAGAUGCCAGAAAAACUGAAUGAUCCGAAGGUGGAUAAACCACAUGGACCAGAUGUUCUGCACAAUGGGGUUCUAAGGGAAACAGUUGAAGUGAUAGUGGAGGCGCAUUAUGUGGUUCUGAUCCCAGCGGAAAUUCGUACCAAUACUCUUGAGAAGGUUUGCGUCCUACUGUCACCUGGAAAUGACAUCGUCCCCCAAAAACUAACAAUUCAGAAUGAGCAGACAAACAACAUACUCCUGCAGGAGGAGCUACUGGGGAGUGCAGGACAUAACUGCUUCCAGUUCACUGUUGCAGACUCCGAAUUUGCUUUCGACUGCCCAUCACUGAUCAAGGUUACAGUCCAUCGAUCAGGGCCAAAUCUGACCUCAGAGGACAGCAAGAAUGUUGUUUUGGCAAGAUAUGAGCCACGGACAUUUGUACAGACAGACAAGCCUGUUUACAAAGCUGGGCAAACAGUGAAGUUCAGAAUUGUGACACUAAAUGAGAAUUUCAUGGCUGUUCAGGAAAAGGACCCGAAGAGAAACAGGAUUGGACAAUGGCGAGACGUGGAGCCCCAGCAGGGGAUUGUGGAUUUGACCUUUGACCUGAUGCGUGAACCACUCCUGGGGACAUAUGAGAUCGAAGGAAUGCAGAACCAGAGGAGACAAUUCCAUCAUAAUUUCAGUGUGGAGGAAUACGUUUUACCCACGGCUGAGUUGAAGGUGAAAAUGCCAAUAAAAAUCACAAUUUUUGACCCAACAAUCCACAUUGAAGUGUGCGGAAGAUACACAUACGGGAAACCUGUGAGGGGCCAGGUGAAUGGAACUGUUUGUUUGGGUCAUAUGACUCAUGAUCCUGACCCUAUUCUUUGUCAGAUCAUUGUAGGUGAGAUGGAUUUGAACGGCUGUCUGUCUACAGAUGUCUCCACUGAUGUGUUUCCCUUCAGAGAAAGACCAAACCAAAGACUCAUUGAUGCACAGUUUGUCCUGACAGAGGAGGGGACAGGUAUCCCAAUUCGGUCAAGCGCAACAUGUGAAGUCGAAAGUGAAAUUAUGAAGAUCACAUUUGAGAAGGUGGAAGAUUAUUAUAAACCAGGAAUUCCAUACACUGUGCAGGUAAGGCUAAUAUACAGAGGAUUAAUUCUCCUACAAACAUUGUGUAAUGAAUAUCGAGCUAUUUAUCAGGGUGACCAUCAUCACGAUGCACAUCCCUACAAUGUCUCAGCUCAUCAUGUUGUCCACCCUUUCUACUCCAAGUCGAAAAGUUACCUCACCAUCCAGAAAUGUCGGCAGAAACUGGCCUGUGAUUCUGAGCUGCAUGUGGGAGUCCACUACAUUAUCCGGGGUAUGGCUGCUGAAGCGGACAGUGACCUGGCUGUGUUCUACCUGGUCAUGGCGAGGGGAGUGAUUGUGAACAUGAACUCGAAAACCAUCUCCAUCAAAGGUUCUGAAGAUUCAGAAGGACACUUCCAGCUCUCCCUCCCUGUCAGUGCUGAUCUCUCUCCGAUUGCUCGUCUCUUGGUCUUUGCCAUUCUUCCUGGUGGAGAAAUAAUUGGGGACAGUGCAAAAUUCCAGGUCUCCGAAUGUUUCCAGAACAAGGUGAGCCUCCAUUUUUCUGUAGGUGAAGACCUUCCCAAAAGUCACAUCAGCCUCAAUCUUCACGCUGAGCCGAACUCUCUCUGUGGGCUCCGAGUGGUCGAUCGUAGUGUGCUGCUGCUGAAACCGGAGACAGAGCUUACUCAAGGCAGUAUCUACUCCUUGCUGCCAGUGCAGGAUCUGCAGAAUUAUUCAAACGAUCUCAAGAGUCAUGAGGAACAUUACUGCAAGCUCCAAGAUCCCUUUUCAAAGCCUGAGCCCAGUGGGCUAGCAAUGGGAGACCUCGGACAACUUCUCAAGGCCAUGGGACUGCAAAUUCUGACAGACGCUAAAUUUCACAAACCCACCAACUGUUUCAUCGAUGAGGUUUAUGAUGACUCCAUAAUGUAUAUGUUUUUUGAUGCAGUAGAAAUGGACGACAUGGAAGUGGAUGAAAUGCCAGUAUUAGCAGAAGAAAUGUUAGAUGUGUCUGAUGAACUCAACAUCAACAUUGAAGCUAACAAAAUUCAACCACCCAGACGCAUCAUCGAAAUCCGAAAAUACUUUCCGGAGACAUGGAUUUGGGAUCUUGUCCCUGUCAGAUCCUCUGGGAUUGUCUCUGUCCCCAUCACAGUUCCAGACUCUAUCACGGAAUGGAAGGGCAGCAUGUUCUGUACUAGCCAUGUGGGAAUUGGAAUCUCCAACACUGCCACUUUCAAGGCAUUUCAACCAUUCUUCGUCGAACUGGCUCUGCCCUUUGCUGUUGUCAGAACCGAGGGCUUCACUCUCAACGCCAAAGUCUUCAACUACCUGAGCCAAUGUCUUGUGGUGAAAGUGACCCUGCUCACUGCCCAGGGAUUUACUGUAACAGCAGAAAGUAACACCGAACAUAUGACUUGCAUCUGCUCCCAGGACAGUCAAACUUUCAGCUGGCAUCUCCUCGCCACGGGACUGGGCCAACAGAAUUUGACAGUGCAAGCUGAAUCGAUUGCCUCUGAGACUCUGUGUGGGAAUGAGAUGGCGAUUGUCCCUGCUAAAGGAGCUCUGGAUGUCAUUCGGAAAUCCCUCCUCAUCAAGCCCGAGGGCAUCGAGACUGAACUGACCCACAACUCUUUGGUGUGUCCAGCAGGCAAGUCAAUCACUGAGGAGUUCCAGCUCGAACUUCCUAAAGACGUCAUUGAAGGAUCAAGCAGGGCCUAUGUGACUGUGCUGGGGGACAUACUGAGUUCUGCAAUGGAGAAUCUGGAUGGGUUAUUGAGACUACCCACAGGGUGUGGCGAACAGAACAUGGUGAAAUUUGCCCCAAAUAUCUAUGUGCUGAGAUACCUGAAUAAAACAGAUCAGCUCACUCGGGAUAUCCAGGACAAAGCAAUUGGCUACCUCCGGACAGGAUACCAGAACCAGCUGACAUACAAACAUCGUGAUGGUUCCUUCAGUGCGUUUGGAGACACAGAUCAUGAGGGAAAUACCUGGUUGACAGCCUUUGUGAUGAAAUCAUUUGCAAGUGCUCGUCAAUACAUCUUCAUUGAUAAUGACAUCCUUGGAGACACUGUCAGAUUCUUCCAGAGGCAUCAACUGGAGUCGGGUUGUUUCCGUAACCUUGGAUAUUUGUUCAACAAUGCCCUCAAGGGUGGAGUCAAUGAUCAGAUUUCUCUGUCAGCUUAUGUGACAUCAGCUUUACUGGAAUCAACACUUUCAAGUUCUGAGAUGAGUCGGAUUACAGACAGAGGUCUGAGCUGCCUGCGGACUGCAUUACACACAGUGACCAGCACCUACACUCUCGCAUUGCUCGCCUAUGCCUUUACUCUGGGCCAGGACCAGGUUGCUAGGAAAAUAAUUCUCCAGCGGCUGGAAAAGUUGGCCAUCAAAACAGACAGAUUGACUCAUUGGCAGCAGGAGGAGACCCUGGAGAGUGAGGAAGAGCACAGUUACUGGUGGAGAGCACCCUCUGCAGAAGUUGAAAUGACAGCCUAUGUGCUUCUAGCCCUUCUCUCUCAGCCACAAGUCCCAGACUCCGAGUUGGACGAUGCCACAUCCAUUGUUCGCUGGCUGGUCAAGCAGCGGAAUCCUUACGGAGGCUUCGCAUCAACCCAGGAUACAGUGGUUGCUCUCCAGGCCCUGGCACUCUACGCUGAGUGGACCCAUGUGGAUGGCCAUCAGAGCUCAGUAACUGUAACCUCAGAGACAACAUUCCACAAGGACUUUCACAUUGACGCUUCCAACCAGCUACUGCUCCAGAGGCAGGCCUUGGAAGAGAUUCCCGGAAAAUACAGGGUGCUGAUCACAGGGAACAGAUGCGUUCUUCUCCAGACUGUUCUCCGUUACAACGUACCCGUCAAACCUAAAGAUUCUGUCUUCAAGCUAUCGGUAGCAAUGUUGGAACAAAAUGUAUUGCACACUACCCCCCAGGGGGAGCCAAUUUACAGGAUCUUUCUCAAUAUCACCUACACUGGUGGUCGUCCUUCUUCGAACAUGGUGAUUGUUGAUGUGGGACUGCUAUCUGGAUUUUCUGCUGAUAAAGAGUCUUAUAGAAAUAGUGUGGACAGUUUCAAAAUAAAAAAAGUUGAACAGCAAGAUGGGCACCUGUUUCUGUACCUUGAUCCGAUGGAAGUGAACAAUCUGCUACAAUUAUCCAUUGACACCAUCCAUCAGUUCAAUGUAGAAAAUCUGCAGCCUGCCAUUGUGAAAGUUUAUGAUUACUACCACACUGAUGACUCGGUUGUCGCUGAAUAUGAAGCACCAAAACGAUUGGAAAUAGAAGUGAAUCAACUGACUGCAAACUCACGCUGA